UUCUCAUUUUUCCCAUUACCAUGGUUCUAGAAUUAGAGGUAUUGGCUAAACAUUCCAUCUCAGAAUAUGCAACUCUUUUCACCAGUUCAUGUUCUAAAUUCUCAUAUUAAUAUGCAGAAACCAAAAGUGACCGAGAUACAGGUUCGAAUGGACUGUAAUGGGUGUGUGCAAAAGAUCAAGAAAGCUUUACAUGGCAUCAAUGGUAUAUAUGAUAUCUAUAUCGAUCUUCCUCAACAGAAGUUGACGAUAAUCGGGUGGGCAGACCCUGAAAAAAUCAUUAGAGCUAUCAAGAAAACAAGAAAAACCGCCACCAUAUGUUCACAUACAGAAUCUACAGAGAUAGAGCAGACGCCAGAAGAUGGACCACCUCCAGACAAUGCAAACCACCCUCCAGGAGAAGAAGCUCCACCACCAGAACAAACCCCUGUUACCGAGCCACAGCAAACACCAGCAGAUCCUCCAGAUAUGGCGCCAAUACCACCUCAACAUACAGAAUUUACAAACCAGCCGCCACAAGGCCCACAACCUUUAGACUCGAGAGAGGGGGAAGAGGUUCAUGUUGUAUACCAUCAUCCACCAGACCAUCAUAAUAAUGUUCGUGUUUACAGCGGACGUGUAGAUCACUUUCCCGGACCCAGUAGCCAAUAUGAUCAAGGAUAUAAACAUGAUCAGCCACAACCUAUCUAUGUGAAUCAUAGUUAUAACACAUAUAAGCCCACUCCAUAUGUUACUGAAUAUGAAUAUAUCCGUCCACCACCAUUACACACAUUUUAUAGUCAACGAGAGCCAUCACCAAGGUACACCUCUUACAGCUGGCCGGAACCACAACGGUACAAACAUUACAGCUGGCCAGAGUCACGACCACAAUCUUACAACAACCGGCCAGACCCAUCUCCACAACCUUACAGCCGACCAGAAGCACCACCUCAACCUUACAGCCGGUCAGAGCCACCUCCACAACCUUACAGCCGACCAGAAGCACCACCGCAACCUUACAGCCAAUCAGAGCCACCUCCACAACCUUACAGCCGGCAGGAGCCACCUCCACAACCUUAUAGCCGACCAGAGCACCCUCCACAACCUUACAGCCACCAGGAGCCACCACCACAGCCUUACAGCCGCCAGGAUCCACCUCCACAACCUUACAGCCGCCAGGAUCCACCUCCACAACCUUACAGGCGUCCAGGACCAUCUCCACAACCGUACAGUCGUCCAGAACCACCUCCACAGCCUUACAGACGCCCAGAGACACCUCCACAACCUUAUAGACAACCAGAGGGAACAGACCCGCGACAACAGAACCAAACAGACGCACCACAAAAUUACAGCCAGCCAGAGCGAAAAUACAUACAUUACAAUCGCCCUGAGCCACUACGACAAGACACAUAUUACAACCUCCCAGAACAAUACACACAAAAUAGUAGACCAGAGCCAUCUCCGUUGCGCACAUACUACAGCAGACUAGAACCACCAGAGUACAUGCAUUACAAUGGCGAUUACCACAGUAGCAACAUUAAUGAUGACAUUUCAUCACCUUAUGGUGAUGAAGAUCCAAACGGAUGUACAAUCAUCUAAACAAAGAGAUUCAUACGGAAAACGGCAUCUUUUGCUCCAAUGGAGGAUAACUAACCAAUUGACUAACACCGCAUGAAAGUAAAAUAUUCCCAUUGAGACAUGUGGCAAUGAUGGUGAAGAACAUGAUUCUUAGGUUGUUAGUGCACAAAGAAUAUGUUCCCUAUUCCCAUUGAGGAUGAUGUCUUUAUCUCAAAUACUAUGUCAAUGUAUUGAAGGGAAAUACGAAUUCUAAACGUAAAGAUUUUCUUCUAUUAUGUAAAGUUUAUGUUAUCUUCUCUCA